AUGGCCAUGAAGAGGCUGAACCUUGUCAGCCUUGCUGCCUCACUUUUCGUCGCCUUGACCCAGGCUGGAGAUGGCGGAGACAGCGGCUGGGGCUCAAGCUCCUGUGCCACUGUUUACUCUACCGUGUGGUCUGUGUCAACAGAGUACGUACCUACCACAACGACCGAGGAGAAGACGAUCUACUCUACCGAGACCGACUACGUGACAGUCACUACAACUGACACAGUCUAUGUCACGGACACAACUAUCCAGAUAUCGGUCCAGCCAACUACCAUCGUGGACGUGGAAUCGACCACCAUUGUCGAAACAACAACCGUGGUUAGUCCAACCACUCUCGUGGUUCCGACAACGGUAGUGAGCUUGAGCACCGUCGUGGACAUUGAAUCGAGCACUAUCACGGACAUAGUCCCUACCACCAUCAUCAGCGUGGUUGCCACAACAGCAACAGUCUCGACAUACCCAGGCCUCGUUACCUGUACCUCGAGGAUCAUCAACCCCACUUAUACCCCCAAAGGUCCUCUACCCACCAAUUACCUCUGGGGAUGCGCUCCGGGCACAAUCUGUACUCCUCCACAGAUUGGUUGUAACUGGGAACAAAAUCCUCCGGCGGAUACAUACGUCUGUGCCCCCGAAGAAUGCAAGCCUGUUCCUGAGCUCUUCUUGCCAGCGAACCUCAGCUCUCUCUGGCCGAACCCGACCGAGACCACGUGCGCUUGGGAUGAAGCACCCCAGGGCUUCUUCCACCUCAACCCACAGCAUUUUGGACUCAGCUUCGCCAUCUUCGAUGUCUACGGCCAGCCACUUUGCCCGGCUCCGACGACGACGACGACUUGGGCUGAAUGGUCUACUCCUCCGCCGAAGCCUACAUCGACCUGGGCUCCUAAGAUGCCCAGACGUGGAAUAAUGGCCAACCCGAUCGCCGAGAUCGUGAGCCGACAGAACUUUCUCACAGCGCCGGCGCCGUGCUAUCGCAUCUAUGAUGCUGCAAACCAAGCUGGUCAAGCGGUGGGCCUGGUCUAUGACGAGCUCUGUCUCAAUGGCACAACAUUCCAGCUUGCCCUCACUCAGUGUCGCCAAUGUGCUCAACAAAAUGCUGGCAGUGCGACAGGCACAAACACCUUCCCAGAGCUUCAGAGUUACUUUCAAUAUUGCCAGACUCAUACUUCAUAA